AGGCACAAUUCUCGGUUUCGAACUUUCUCUAAUUGCUAAUGUUUAAGUGAAUAAACUGUUUAAUUACUGCUGUGAUAUCUGGAUGUGUCUCCAACGUGAUGAAGAUGGUGUUAGCCACUUAGAUGAAUCGAGACCAAUGGUGCAGUUACCUAUACUGGGUCCGGAGCCGGCACUGAACUCAAACCCUGGUGGCGCCGCGAAGCCACCGCUACUCAACUCAUUCGAGCUGGACCGCUGUCUGGACCGAGACGAGUCCGGCAGGUGGGGCGGCGAUGCGGCGCGGCGACGCCGGCGCAGCUCGCCCCCGCGCCGCGCCUCACCCCCUCGAGACCAUGAGCCUCUUGCACUUGCUCGGGCUUCAGCGCCUACAUCUCCAGCGGGUGGCUCAGCACAAUCCAGCCCUGCACCAGGCUCUCCCGGGGGCAGUGCAGGUGGUGCAGCGGGAGCGAGAUCUCCUCUUCCAUUGGUGCCACCAGACCUGCUAGCCAUGCAGCUGUUAGAUCAGCACUCUCAACUACAAGCGCUGAUGAAGCAGCGAUUAUUUCAUCAGCAUCAUAUGCAGAAACAGCAUAUGACUUCGGAGGCAGCAAAACGUCAACUAGAGCAAUCACGUCUGCAGGAUCAGAUCAAUUUGAAUCUGCUGUCACAGUCUCAUCUCCCACCACCUGAUACUUCACCUGGAUCUCUUCAACAGCAAUUAGGUGCUCAACAGCAACAGCUAGUUCAACAGUUGCAAGCAGUACAACGCCAGUACCUGAUGCACGGGUCCCUUCCCGUGCCACCCAAUGCUCCACCGGGACUAAUGUUAUGGGGAGGCGAAAUCGAGGAACAUCCAUUGUUUGGACGAGGUGUCUGCAAAUGGCCGGGUUGCGACGCACUGGCUGAAGAUUAUCAAGCAUUUCUCAAACAUUUAGAAGCAGCGCAUACUCUCGACGACAGAUCUGCAGCACAAGCAAGAGUCCAGAUGCAAGUGGUAGCGCAGCUGGAGUUGCAAUUACGUCGGGAACGUGAUCGCCUUGCAGCCAUGAUGAGGCAUUUGCACGCAGCUAGGGACACGUCGCAUCAUGCUGCUAAACAUCCUCAUGGUACAGCCAGUGAAGGCGCUUCUCCAGGACCAGUUCGACGUCGUGUUUCCGAUAAAUCUGGUGUUGCUAUUGCUGGAGGUCUUCCCUAUAUGCUCGAAAGAGCUGGAUUAGAUGUUCAACAAGAGAUUCAGCGUAAUCGUGAAUUUUAUAAGUCGGCAGAUGUAAGACCUCCAUUCACCUACGCUUCUCUGAUACGUCAGGCUAUAAUAGAAUCUCCAGAUAAACAAUUAACUCUGAACGAGAUAUACAACUGGUUCCAGAGCACAUUCUGCUACUUCAGACGCAAUGCAGCUACUUGGAAGAACGCGGUCCGUCACAACCUGUCGCUGCACAAAUGCUUCAUGCGGGUGGAGAACGUGAAGGGCGCGGUGUGGACCGUGGACGAGGUCGAGUUCUACAAGCGGCGGCCGCAGCGAGCCGCGCACGCGCCGCCGCCGCUCCACGCCGCCGGAUUUAUGGGAGCCCAAAGCCCUCCAAUGAUGACCAGCCCGCAUGGCUAUAGUGAAGCGCUCAAACGAAAUCUUCAGGGUAUGAUGGAAGAUUGCAAUUUGUCGUACAUGUCCGGUGAAGAUCAUAUGAUGCAAACUGACGAGUAUCCAUCAUCUCAUGAAGAUUACAGUCGUCCUCCCAUAAUGAAUGGAUACGGUAGCAGCAGUUCAUCUCAUGACGUGAAAGCGGAAGAUUUAAGUGCAUCUGACGCACAGGACAUCAAGCCGAAUAUAUACGCGCUCAAGAAUGAGAUGCAAGCUUCUGAUUAUUCCAAUAAAGGCGAUUACGCAAAUUCCAACAAGGAGUCUUCAAGCAAUAGAUCUGGCGAGACGAGCCCCUACGACGACUACCCUCGUUCUGAGGAUAGAUACAGAGCCUCCAUAUCUCACAUCAAGGACGAAGCCGAGAAUCUAUCCCUCAACGAGCAAAGAUCUGAUAAAUAAACUGGCCGAAACCAGUUCGAACCAGUUAAGUGUUGCGAAAAGUGGUUAUAUCCGGUUAUUAAAACCGUGCUAUCGAUGGAUUGUAUUAAAAACGCAAUGUGAGUCGUGAUUUUUUUGCGUAAUAAUAUUUAGAGCUAUAAUGUAAGUAUCACAGUAUGUAAUACUUUAUAUUUACGGGUUUAGAUCUAUUUCAAGUUAUUUAGAAUGGUGUUCUAGAACGUGUAAUGUGUUCACUGUUGGACUUUUUAUAUUUGAAUGGACGAUCUCCGUACGAGGAAUUGUAUAACUGUAACCAAAUAUAUUUUUUGUUCAUUUUUUUAUCACCCGGUUUUAACGGGACCCUUUGAAGUAUUAUAGGUUUUAAUUAUUUUAUUUCUAUUCGCCUUACGUUUAGGUUUGGUAGCUGUAAUUCAGAUAUUUGUUAGUGAUCUAUUUAUAGUGUAUCUAAGUGUUAGAGAAAUUUAGGCAAAGAUGUGCGAGUGAACAGCCAAUGUCGAGUAACCUUAAAAGGUCCAUAUCAAUAUUUAAAAAUAUUUAAUCAUCUUGUAACAUACAAAUAGUAAGAACAAUAAGUAGUUGUAUUAAAUUAUAAUAAUACAUACGGUACAUAAACGUUAGAACAUACAUUAUUACGCAUAGCGUUUCAGUUUACGCAUUUUUAUAUUCAUUUUAAAGACACACCCACUUUUUUGGAAUUGAUU